AUGAGCUCAGCGGUGUCUGCCUCAGAUCAGAAGGCGCUAAAUCUGAUUGUACUAGCAAUAGACUCCGAGCAGUAUCAUGUAAUUGAAGAUGAGGAUGGAGGACUCCAAGCAUGGAUAAAAUUGCUGGAACACCACAUUCCAAACAACCUGUGGGCGCGUACACGAGCAAAUCGUCGUUUGAACGCCCUGAAGCUUGAAUCAGGCGAUUCCAUGCAGAAACAUCUGCAGAAAAUUUCUGAAAUGGGCGCGAAAAUUAGUGAAAAGAAGUCGUGA